AUGAGCGCGCCCGAGGAAAACGAAGAACUCACCAUCCAGGAGGAAUACAAACUAUGGAGACAGAAUUGUCACUAUAUGUAUGACUACAUUUCCGAGACGGCGCUCACGUGGCCGUCUCUCACGGUACAGUGGCACCCCGAGUCAGAGAAGGGCGACCACACACUCACGUCGCGGUUGUUGUUGGGGACACACACUUCGAACGAAGAUGUGAACUACUUGAAAGUCGCGAGCGUCACGUUGCCUGACUUCAAAGGGCCCUCUGAGGCGAAGCUCAACUCGCGCUUGAAGGUGACCAAAAAGUACCGCCACGCGGACGCGGAGAUCAACCGCGCGCGGUACAUGUCGCAGGACGCAACGGUCGUCGCGACAAUCUCUGGCAGUGGGCUUGUGUCGUUAUACAAGACAAACAGUGCGGGCGUAGUCGAGCUUAAGCACCACACCAGCAACGGGUACGGGCUCAAUUGGAGUCCGCGUCGCAAGGGGUAUCUCGCAACCGGGUCUGACGACCAGACGGUUGCGAUCUGGGACACUGAGAAACCAGUGGCACCGCUCCUCGUGGUGAAGCACAGCGACAUCGUCAACGACGUCAAGUGGCACCACUUUGACGAAAACGUAUUUGGCUCGGUUUCCGAUGACACGAACCUCCUCUUGUGGGACGUCAGAGCCGCGGAAAAGCCAAUCAAGCGCGCGGGUAAGAACGGCGCCAUCAACUCCUUGGCCUUCAACAACUUUUCUGCCAACUUGAUGGUUGUGGGCAACGCUGACAGCACGAUCGAUUUGUUCGACCUCAGACGCAUGGACCGUAAGCUACACACAUUGAUGGGCCACUCAGAGUCGAUCACGUCAAUGGAGUGGUCGCCGCACCGCGACGGUAUCCUUGCGUCAGGCUCGCAAGAUCGUCGCGUGCUCUUGUGGGACCUCUACAAGAUCGGCGAGGAGCAGCAGCAGGACGACUUGGAGGACGGCGCGCCGGAGAUCUUCAUGAUGCACGCAGGGCACACCUCCAGCGUCCAAGACUUGAGUUGGCAUCCUGAGAUCGACUGGUGUUUAGCCAGCACGUCCGAUGACAAUGUCGUGCACAUUUGGAAGGUUGCUGAUAAAUUGACCGCAAACUGUAGCAAGGAGACCGAGAAGGAGGGUGAAGAUGGCUGGGAAGAUGAGGAGGAAAUGGCCGAUGCCGAUUUAGAGUAA